GAAAAGGGUGCCAUUUGGGACGCAACCAAACCAUACCUCACAUGCCAGGCAGUGAACAUCUACCAUGCCUCACCUUGGCUCACAGGCAGUAGAGAUGUUCAGGAAACCCCCUGAAUAUUCAGCUUGUGUCAUAUUGGAGUUUUGCCUUUUUUAGAUUUGUGUAGAAAUGUUGAGCCAGUUGAAUUACAGUCAAACAUUAACUAUUGUAACAGUUACUACUUGUGUAGUGGCAGGAAAACAGAAACUAUUGUAACAGUUACUACUUGGGUAGUGGCAGGAAAACAGACUAGAGUAGAAAAAGGAGUGGAAAAUAUGGUGAAUACACUAAACUGUCAGUACCAUGACCUACCAUGUAUAACUCCCUGUCUCCCACUCUCUCGCUCUCCCACAGCAGACGACAUGUUUUCAGUGAGGCCAAGGUAGCUUCCCAGAUCCAGAUAACCAGCAGGAUCAGGCCUGGAGGAGAGAAACAGCACAGACCCAUAGAGAGCCAGGACAGAGCCAUAGAGAAGGAGGUCAGAGCCAGGACAGACCCAUAGAGAGGGAGGUCAGAGCCAGGACAGAGCCAUAGAGAAGGAGGUCAGAGCCAGGACAGACCCAUAGAGAGGGAGGUCAGAGCCAGGACAGAGCCAUAGAGAAGGAGGUCAGAGCCAGGACAGAGCUAUAGAGAGGGAAGUCAGUCAGGACAGACCCAUAGAGAGGAAGGUCAGAGCCAGGACAGAGCCAUAGAGAGGGAGGUCAGAGCCAGGACAGACCCAUAGAGAGGGAGGUCAGAGCCAGGACAGAGCCAUAGAGAAGGAGGUCAGAGCCAGGACAGACCCAUAGAGAGGGAGGUCAGAGCCAGGACAGAGCCAUAGAGAAGGAGGUCAGAGCCAGGACAGAGCUAUAGAGAGGGAAGUCAGUCAGGACAGACCCAUAGAGAGGAAGGUCAGAGCCAGGACAGAGCCAUAGAGAGGGAGGUCAGAGCCAGGACAGAGCCAUAGAGAGGGAGGUCAGAGCCAGGACAGAGCCAUAGAGAGGGAGGUCAGAGCCAGGUCAGAGCCAUAGAGAGGGAGGUCAGAGCCAGGACAGACCCAUAGAGAGGGAGGUCAGAGCCAGGACAGAGCCAUAUAGAAGGAGGUCAGAGCCAGGACAGAGCUAUAGAGAGGGAAGUCAGUCAGGACAGACCCAUAGAGAGGAAGGUGAGAGCCAGGACAGAGCUAUAGAGAGGGAGGUCAGAGCCAGGACAGAGCCAUAGAGAGGGAGGUCAGAUCCAGGACAGACCCAUAGAGAGGGAGGUCAGUGCCAGGACAGAGCCAUAGAGAGGGAGGUCAGAGCCAGGACAGAGCUAUAGAGAGGGAGGUCAGAGCCAGGACAGACCCAUAGAGAGGGAGGAGAAAGCCCAAAAAGAGGGAGUCUGGACGGACGGAUUAGGGGAAGAAGAGAUCCAGGGAUUAGGGGCUAAUCCAAGCCACGACCAAUCCCCAGAGAAGUCCCCCCUUUUUGCUUCUGAAGACACAGACAGCCGCCCGGAUUACUGCAUUAAACGUAUUACCUUUUAGAGACUUAACGUAACAGGGUUUGGUUUCAGCCCUGCUCAGAUGCCUGGAUAUGCAUACCUCUGAAAACAAAUGACCAGAAGGAGAGGAGGAGGAGGAGGACAGGGCAGGGGGGAGAUGCUGGGACGUAUAGGAGACAUAUAGGAGCGUGCCGUAAAGACGGGUGGGGAUAAACCUCCAUGCUACAGCUGUGUCUGCAGGAGUCAGACGAGAGGUCAACUAAGUGGCCCUCUCUCUCUCUCUCCGAGCCCCUCAGGACGGAAAGGACAGACUCGACCCCCACUGAGCAUGGGCCAAAGAUCCUCCAACUGAAACAGGAUUACAGUAGAACAGAGCUCCAGCCCCUUCUGUUAGUACAGUGUGAGGGGGUCGAGAUACCUCUCCUCCACUUGAAAUACAUGGUUGAAACUGAGGAGUAUCUGCUUCAUAUUCACAUACAGGCUGAGAAGGGCAUAAUUACAUUCGCCUCUGCGGCUCACAGUCACACAGGAGAGUUAGUAAGGGAUGUUGAGGUGGUGGCGUGAAAUCUGACUGUAUGAAGUCUGGUUGUGACUGUCUGGUUCAUUCUCUCUAGAGGUUAACACAAUCUCAAAUUCAAGAUCACACCUAAUAGAAGUCUGUUGGUCUGGUGAGUAAACCCCUGGUACUGCUCGCUCUCUCUCCUCCGGUCUGUGGUGUGAGGCGUGCUUCCUCCCUCUGUGCUGCUCCCAGCUGCCCCUCUUAAAACGCCAGCCAGUCGAGACCUAGAGAGGACCUGGGACUGUGGUUAGGAGCAAAUUUAAAGGCUGCUUUAACCGUGACGCAAUCCCAUUCAGAGGUCUGUUCCAAGUCAUUAAUAAAGCCAGGCUAUCGCGCGCGGGAGGGCCUCGGCAGUGGAAAGCUCUUAAAAGAACCAGAAGACCUAGUCAGUGUGCUCUACACUAUCAAAAUAUUACAGAAAGCGAUAUACAUUACUCCGCUGGCUAAAGAUAACACAGGAAAGUUAUUUGCCUGGCUCCUGCCAGUGUUGACCCACUGGCUUAUUUUGUGCAAUAAAAGUCAACUAAGUGAUUUUCUUAGCUGACUUUUGUCAGUAUUUUGUCAGUAUUUGUCAGUAUUUUGUGCGCUUUUGGCCCAAAAUAGUGUUUUUAUCUGGUGGAACAUACGUUGCAUGUUUGUAGGUUUCUGCUGCUGGUCAAAUCCGUUUGAAGUGCUGAAUGAGGGUCCCUGCUUUUAAAUACAGAUAAAACAAGUAUUUCAGUGAAAUAUGACGUGAUAUGAUUAAUUAGCACUCAUAUUGUAGCAAGACACAGGACGAGAGAGAAACAAAAUACCCUGAAACUCCCAGACAAAAACCAGACUGACGUUUAAUUUGUUCUCGAGAGCAGCGACAGGAGAAUGACUGUGGUCUAAAUUUAGAAAGUUCCAGAACAAUGGACUUUGGAACUUUGAAGUCUAACAGAAGGGCAGGGUCUGUAGAAAAAGCUGAUCCAGUUACAUUCUAACUGAAUGUUCCAGUUAGUGACGUGUUCAUCCAGACCCCUUACCUGGUUCUACGUCAAUACACCAAAUCAAUCUCUAGCAAAGAAAGUCCCCUCAGAAUACCUAGACUGUUAUAGCUGAAUUUGAGCCUCUCCUAGACGGAGAAUCGAACACAUUUUUGUGCUUUCUUUGAAUAAAUAGUUCCAGUGUACAACCGCAGGAGGGAUAUUUGCAGCUGGAACUGGGCUUCUUCCUGAGCUGAUGUUUUAUAAACCCAAAGCCCAAAACAACUGUCGAGCCCAGCUUCUCUGACCACACUCAAACUGCCGGGAGAUUCCAGGAACUGAGCGGCAUACUUUUCUGCUCCAUUUUCUCGACUUAAUCCAGCUGGAUAUGAAUGACAACUAACAGCAGAAAUUGGGACUGAAAUUGCAAACAGCACAUGAUAACAAGAGAAUACAAUAGAUUUCUCCAUUACUGAGGUUGACCCUACAAGACCUGGUGGUGAAAUUCUAUUCAAAACCUAAACGAUCACGAUCAUUACUUUUGAGGCACACAAUCCCCCUGGGAGCAUUUCUAAAGCAACUCUCCAGUAACAGUUUCGACCAAAGACAUUUGAAACUCAAUUUUCAUCCCAUCUUUUAGAGGAUUUAAAGGGAUUUUUUUGUCAUUUUUAGAAGACCAUACCAUUGGCCAUCACCAUGAACCUGGGGAAGAUCCCUGGGCUGAAGGGCCUGGUGGCCGGCUCUCAGGGUAAACGUCGUUUCAAAGGAGACCUCACCCUGGACAUGAUCAGUCCUCCGCUGGGGGACUUCCGACAUACCAUGCACGUGGGCCACGGAGGGGACAUGUUCGGGGACACCUCGUUCCUUAGCAACCACGGGGGGGCCACCAACGGAAACGGGGAUUCUGUCACAAGCUCUGACAACAAGAUCGGGGCGUUCUUCUCUCGGACCCUCCGGCAUGUUCGGAAGACACCAGAGCGUCCCAGGGGGGGAUCCAAGGACCUGUCCCCGCCACCCCCUCCCAUAUCCCCCAUUAUCAAGAACGCAGUGUCCCUCCCCCGACUGGAUGUGGACUCACCAAACGGCUGCCCUGCUAAAAACCUCUUCCCCGCCUCUCCUACCUCGCUGGAGGAGACCGCUUAUGGUUAUGGUCUGGAGUCAGGUUUCGCCACUCUGCCCCGCCUCUCCCGCUCAGUGGAGUGUCAGUCGCAACAGGGAGGAUCUAUUUCCUGUACCCCCAAUGCCCACGGCUGCUCGCUCACCGACGUCUCCGCCCUCCUGAAGUCCUCCGCAUACCCCACCCUGACUUCUGACCCCGGUCACAUGACCCAGUCCGACUCCCUGACCUCCCUGACCUCCAUGGCCUCCUUCACCUUUGAUCUGGGGCCCUCCCUCAUGAGCGAGGUGUUCGGUUUGAUUGACAGCCCCAACGGCCACCCAGAGCACAGCCAUGCCUGGAUGGCAGAGGAGCCAAGUUGCUCUGCGUUCAGGUUUGCGACCAAUGAAGGCUCGGAGAUGGACUCGGAGAUGGAUGCCACCACUGCCUCAUUGGUGGAUUCUCUGCUUCGAGAAGACUGUAGCAGCAGGAAGAGUCCAUAUGGGAUGGAGUGGGAAGAGGAGGAAGAGGAGGCUAGGAGAAUGGAGGUGAAUGGAGGUGAGCAGCAUCUUAAAGGGGCGGUGCCUGAUUUAGUGAUGGGCUCCCCCUCUAGACAGAGACCUGCUAUGGAGAGUGAGAGGUUCCAGGGUGCCACUGAUGUGCUGGGGGUGCUCUAUGGAGUUGGAGGGAUCCUGAAGGGGCAGCAGAGGAUGGAUCUGGAGGGAGAGGUGACCAUGGGCCAGACCAUGAAGAAAACACCUUACAUCUGCAUUACCCCCGAUGAGGAGGAAAUCAAAGUCUGACUAAAUGGACAACAUUUUGUUUAACCAGAAGUACCUACUACAGAUUUGGGAUUAUUGCUUAAUUCCUUGUAAACUCUUUUGUUUUAAGAAAAAAAGAAAAAUCCAUCAAUGAGGCUGGCUCUAUUGACCUGAGUCACCCUUGAACCCUUCUUCUUCAUCAUGUUCUAAUAUUCCUUGGAGAAAUUGAAUGUUAUAAGUCAUCAGAAGAAUCACUUAAAGACUUUGCUAUUAUUUGUUGAAAGACUAAUUGAAAGAUUAUGGAGGCUGAAAGAUCCCCAAGCGAACAUACUGUAUGGAAGGAGCUAUAAACAGGCUAAUAAUAGCUUUUAAAAGAGGUCACUGGAACCAGUGGCGAACAAAGAGAUGGGGUAGAAAGUGUCAGAGUGUACCAGAGAAAGUGGUCAUUGGACACAAAGGAGUUACCAUGGAAACACUAAAGACAUUGCUCAACAGUGUUUAAGUCUGUUAACAGCUGGUUAAAUAUAGUCGGUUUGGAAUUCCUGAGCAAAAUGCUCAAUGUGUGACUUCAUAGAACUAUUCAAGGCAACAGACAGGACACAAAGACGAAGCAGUAGCCGUUUCAACCCAACUUCAUCACCAUGGAAACACUACACCAAGAGAGAGAUCUGAAAUCUUAGCACGUGACGUUAACUACAGGAAAACAAUCAUUUUUUGCCUGACGCUUACACUUUUUAUUAGUCUAUAGACACAGUAUGAAGAACAAACCCUGAGAAAUUUACUUAGAAGUUAAAUGGAAGAAGGGAAUUAUGUACAAUGUUAUAAUAUAAGUAUAAUGUUUGGACUGUAAGUUUGUUAAUUCACAUAUUUACAUCAUACCCCAUUUAGAAAUGUUUCCCAAAUUCAUUAUGGGUCAAACUCUCAUAUUGCUUUUUGAUAUGAUAGUCACCUGCUUGUCUGCUAUUCUGUCAACCAAUGGUUGAAUCCUCUUUUUAAAGCAGUGUCUUCCAUCCGUAUAAAUGUGCUGCUGUUGACACCAAUGACAUUUCUAUAAUGAUAAUGAUAAAUGCAAUAAAAUGUUCUUAAUUAG